UAGAAGAAGAAACAGGGCGAAAAAAAGCAACAUGAACAGGCGUCUAAAAUGGAGGGAGCUGUGCUAAUUGUAUUUGUUCCUUAGUGAGCUAAUAUAGCAAGUAUUUUCCCAUAAUUUUCAUACAGUCGUGAUACAGAAUCAAGAACACGGUUUAAGUGUGUGCUUAAACCUGUCGUGUUAUCCGUGCUAGCUAGCCGGCUCCUACUCUGUAUCCUGUUGUCUUUACACAGUCUAGGCUAAGUUAGUGGUGCUAACCUGAUAACGUUAGCUAGCUUCAGGUAACGUUAACGUUAUUGGCUAACUUCAGCUUUAACUUAAGUGUCACACUAAAUAAUUACUUGCAUUGCAGUGUGAUCAAACUUUUGUGUUUUCUGAAACAAGAAAUCGGGACACAACAACCGUGGUUAUGGAGGUUGAUCCGAUGUCGGCGCUCCAGGAGCCUGUGGAGUGGCAAGAAGUCAAAAUAAAGACAGAAUCUGAUGAUGAAGAAGAUGGUUAUGGAAAUAUGUCUCAUUACCCGUAUGAGUCUGUUCCCUCCACAAGUGAAACUCUCAUCAAGAGAACAAAAUUGCAGAACGAUUCUGACUCCCUCACUGUAAUAAAACAUGCAGUGGUGGUCUUGACCAGACUGCCUGAAUAUAAGAUCAGUGCUCUGCGACCACCAACGCCUCAGCAGUUCUACAGUGAAGAUGACUCCCUCAGCAGCUCUGAUUCUGAUAUGCAGUGGGAACCGGGGGAGGGUUCUAGUGAUUCUGACUUCUCACUCUCAAACAAUAAACAGAAAAGUGGAAAAACCAAGAAUGACACAAAGGCACAUGCACCACAAACCAGUGGUAGAAACAACAACAAUGUGGUAGAACCAGGCCCUGUAAUAAUAUCAGCAGCUUUUGCACAUUGCUCUCAAGAAACCACAAAGGUCCGUCCUAACUUGCCAGAAGAAGAGGUCAACAUGGGCAUGAUGGUCCUGGCCAGGAAGAGGUCCAUGAGAUGGCAACGGGGGAAAAUAGUAGAUAUUGUAACAAGGGAAGAUGGACGGUUGAAGUACAAAGUCAGUUUUGAAGAAAAGGGGAGGAGUCUAGUAUCUGGCCACCACAUCGCCUUUGACAGCACACCGAAGCUGGAGCAGCUGUAUGUCGGGGCUCGUGUGGUGGUCAAGUGUCAGGAUACCAGUUCCCGGUUUUGGCCUGCUAUUUUGGCAGAGCUCCCCAGCCGAAAGAACCGCUUAAGGUUCUUGGUCUUUCUGGAUGAUCACAUACCAACUUAUGUUGGUUUACCUGCACUUCACCUGGUGUGCAGACCACUGGAAAACGUUUUGGACGAGAUUCCAGACAGCCCUCACAAGACUUUCAUGAAUCAGUACCUGAAGGACUGGCCGUUCCCACAUUUAACCCAGUACAGGGUUGGACAGACCCUUAAUGCAGAAUUAAAUGGAGUCCAGCAGAGGUGUGAGGUGCAGGUGGUUGACAGCAGCUUGAUACAGGUUGUUUUUCAGGAUAACCAACAGAAGGAGUGGAUCCAUCGAGGCUCCAUACGACUGGAACACAUGGCUAGAUUUUUGGAAAAGAAAGAAGCGGAACAGCAUGAUGAUGAUUCUGAUUAAAGCCCACAGACACAGGUGAAUUAUAAUGUUGACUCUGGAAUACAGAAAAAAAGAGUUCGGUAAUUUCCCUCAUGAUCACCCCGAAGUGAUGUCAUUGGAAUUUUUUAGGGAAACAUGAACUGAACCGUUUCAGCCCAAAAUACGGUAUGCAGUUAAUAGAUGAGUGCACAUGAAUGACUGAAGCCUGACAUUUUUUCCAAUCUUAUGGUCUUUUUUUUUUUUUUUUAACUUUAUUGUACAAAUGUGCAGAUAUAUUUAGUUAUAGUUUUCAAAUUAAUGUGUGCAUCAUUUAUGCAUUGAAAACAUACUGAACAAUGUAAAUUUUCGACUAAAUGUGAAUUUCUUUAAAACAACUUUCGGCAUCAUAUUCAGAGUUCAAUUUCAAUAAAGCAAGCUGCUGUGGGAUGCCCCAGUAGCUCAGCUUGGGUCAAGGCUUAGUCCUUACUGCAGUGGGCUAGGUUCAAGUCCAGCCGGGGCCCUUUGAUGCCUUUCUCUCUCUACUAUUGCUAUGAAAAAAGAAAACAUGUCAAGUCACUUUUAUUUAUAUAGUCCAGUGUCACAGAUCAGUUUGGCUCAUGGGGCUUUACAAUCUGCACCUAGACCCUCAAUUCGGAUGAGGAAAAACUCCUCCAAACCCCUUUUAAAUAAGGAAAAUGGAAGAAACCUCAGGAAGAGCAACAGAGGAGGGAUCCCCCUCUCAGGACAGACAGACAUGCAAUAGAUGUCGUGUGUACAGAAUUGAAAGUCAUAGUAAAAGAUGAGUGAAUAGGAUGGAUCCAGAAGGACAACUGAGUGUUAAUGUGAUCUGAGACAGAACCAAAACAGCAGAGGGUCAGCGAAAUGGUCGCUGUCAAAAAGUUUGCAGUAUCUUAGUUGAAUUGUUGUCUGCAGGACAAACAUGGACUACAAGUACUGAUAUUAAUAGAUUCAUUAAGACUGUGGCUGACCAGCCGGAUAUAAAGUGGUAAUAAGUUGAGGGCUGAAGUCUGGAACAAAAAGUACUAAAUGAAAGCAAAAAGAAUAAUUUUCAGAUUCAAUUUAAAGGCCUCAGAGUCAGACUGUCAGAGAGACACUGUAAAUGUUUUUUGUUCAUGCCUAUUAUCUUUUCAAUUGUAUGA